AUGAACCCCGUGGGCAGCAGCUUUCCCCGGGACGAGGAGCCCCUGAUCGAGGAGCCCUCGGUGAACAGAUGCGGCCAGCAAAAGCCACACGACCACUUCCACGGAGCCUACAUCAUUUUUUUCCUCCUGGGCGUCGGGUCCCUGCUGCCCUGGAAUUUUUUCAUCACGGCAAAGCACUACUGGAUGUACAAGCUGCAGAACUGCUCGGAUCAGGCGGGACAGGCGGCGUCAGAUCUGCGGGACUAUUUUGAGAGUUACAUCUCCAUCGCUUCGACUGUGCCCUCAGUGCUGUGCCUGAUUGGGAACUUUGUGCUCGUCAACAAGGUGCCCGCCAGCGUCCGGAUCCUGUCCUCCCUCUUUGUCAUGCUGGCCAUCUUCUUGGUGAUCACGGUGCUGGUGAAGGUCGACACCUCAGCCUGGACCACUCGGUUCUUCGCCCUCACCAUCGGCUGCGUGGUCGUCGUCAGCAGCGCCUCGACCGUCUUCACGAGCAGCAUCUUCGGGCUAAGCAGCCGCUUCCCCAUGAAGAACUUGCAGGCGCUGAUCUCGGGUCAAGCCAUGGGUGGCACGAUCAGCGCAGUUGCUUCUCUGAUCGACCUGGCAGCAGCAGCCGAUGUUACGGACAGCGCCCUGGCCUACUUCCUCACCGCUGACAUCUUCAUCGUCAUCUGCAUCAUGGUCUACCUCCUCCUGCCCAGGCUGGAGUACUCCAGGUAUUACAUGAGCAGCCAGGAGGAGAGCCCAUCGCUGGCCGCUGUGUUACCCAACAGCUCCGUGGAGGACGAGGCAGAGCUGGGAGGCACCGCAAACACCUCCUUCCUCACCAAAAGCACCAGCAUCCCCCCACUCCGCCCUAUCCUGCGGAAGACCGCCUUCCUUGGCUUCUGCCUCUUCUACGUCUUCUUCAUCUCUAUCAUCAUCUUCCCUUCUCUCUCCUCCAACAUCGAGUCUGUCAGCGAGUCCUCAGGAAGCCUGUGGAGCACCAAGUACUUUGCACCGCUCACAAGUUUCCUCCUGUACAACUUUGCCGACUGGUGCGGGAGGCAGGUCACCGCCUGGAUCCAGGCACCCGGCCCCAGGAGCAAGCUCCUGCCCGCCUUCGUCCUCCUCAGGACCAUCUUCCUCCCACUCUUCAUCCUCAGCAACUACCAACCCCGGGCUCACAUCCGGACAGUGGUCUUUGACCAAGAUGUCUACCCGGUGGUCUUCACGGCGCUGCUGGGGUUGAGCAAUGGCUACUUGGGGACGUUGGUCAUGGUCUACGGCCCCAAGAUCGUGCCCAAAGAGCUGGCCGAGGCGGCAGGGGUGGUGAUGACGUUUUACCUUGUGCUGGGGCUGGCUGUGGGCUCCGCUUGCUCCGUUCUCGUUGUCCACCUCGUGUAG